AUGGGCUGCAGCUGCAGCAAGCCGUCCGCGUCGGAGCCGCUCCAUGGCCAUGGGCUUCCCACCUUGCUGACUGCUCCCUUGGGAGGCAGGAAACCACUGAAGCGCAAAGGAGGCCUUGACGUCUCGUGCCAUGCGUCUGAGGGUUCCAAGUGGCAUUCGGAGCUCCUGGCCGUGAGCGCCGACUUGAAGGAGAAGCUGCAAGAUCCGCAGUUCGUGGCAACCCGUUGCGACUUGGAUGGCUCGGGAGAUUUGGAUCCGCACGAGUUGAAACAAGCGGCGCGGGUCUAUGGCAUCUCCUUCAGUGGCAGCUCAGCAGAGAAUGAUGACGAUGGCAGUGUUGAUCUCGAACUUCUGAUGGAUGGGCAGCCGCGCAUUAGCAAAGAACGCUUUGCUGAAAUGGUGGCCUCUCAACAGCGAACCACUUCGAUCAGAACGGUUCCGCACUCCCUGCGGGGGAUGGCAUUGGGUCAGCUGCAACACCUGGAAACUUUGUUCAUCAAGAGUGGGUGGUUAGCUGCACAGUGCGAAGUCUUCAACACGGAGAACGCCCAAGCCAUUGCGAACGGCACCAAGUUCAGGCAAAACCCAAACUUGUAUGCCUUGGACGCCUUCGUGGUGACUCCUAUGUCAAAGCCAGGGACUUGCAAAGCCCGUGAGAACGACAAGCUGCAAACGAUUGCGGAAGCACGUGGAAUGUCAUCUUUCUCCGAGCUCGUAAAUCCAUGUGGCCUCAUGGUUCACUGCUUCGUGUCCCACUUCUGGGGCCAUGACUUUAGCAGCACCGUGACGGCUCUGGACUUAUGGGCAAAGGCAAAUUAUCACAGAAUAACUUCAGAGAAAGAGUCUUUGGUCUAUUGGAUCUGCCUAUUUGCUUUGAAUCAGCACAAAGUGGCUGAGGAGGUUGGAGAAAAUCCUCGGGAGGGGCCAUUUAAUGCGGCAUUGGCACAAGCAACUGGUGGUGCAGUGAUGGUUUUAGAUGAGGAAAUUCGGCCGUUCAGUCGUCUGUGGUGUUUGUUUGAGAUUUCUCGUUUGAAGGACUUGCAGCAACCCUUCGAAUUGAUCUGUAGCGAAAGUUCCAACCUGAGAUAUGUGGAAACCAAGCUGUGA